UAAUGUAACUUUUAAAAUGUAAGCUUUAUUCAAUAUUCAUUGAGUAAUUAUGAAUCUCAAAAGGAUCUGGUUGUAAAUAUACGUGCCAUAAGUUAAUUUUAAGUAAAAAUACUCACAUUUUAGUUUGUAAUUAUAUUAAAUUAAAGUAACUCAAAAUACUCAAAAUGUACAACAAAAUGACAAUGUCAGAAAGAAUACAAACUACAGAAUACUCAUAGUACGACAGCUAUGGCAGUUCAAUCAACACGCUUGGUACAAUUGAUGAUGUUUGGAUUGGUGGGUCUGACCCUACUAAUUUAUUUAUCUUAUUCAUUAAUGAGUGUCUCGAAUGGAGUUGAUGUCACAACACGAGCUAUAUCACAUAGUAGUCAUACAUAUCCAAUAAAAGUCAGGCAUACCAGUGAUGAUUUUAAUACUUCAGUUUCAGCUGAUGUUGAUGUUAUGGUUUCCAAAGCAGCUAUAUUAGUUACUAAUGUAUUCAAUAAAACUACUAAUAAUACUGACCAAAAAUCUUCAGCAUUUAAAGCUACAUCAAAAGGUAAUGUGGUAUCUAUAAUUGCUGACUCGUCAGCGAUCAUGGCACAUGGAAUUUAUGAAAUGGGUCAUUCUCUGCCCAAUCCCCUGCUCUGUCCAGACAUGGGGAACAAAGUUAAAUUGCUCAUUCUAAUAAUGUCAGCACCAGGUAAUAAAGAUGCACGAGUUGCUAUAAGACAAACUUGGGGUCAUUAUGGAACAAGAAGAGAUGUCACUUUGGGAUUUUUUCUUGGGACCACACUGAACAAAGACUUGGAAGAAUCUAUUUCAGCCGAGUCUUACAUGUAUGGUGAUAUUAUAAGAGGACGUUUUAUAGACAGUUAUAAUAAUUUAACAUUGAAAACGAUAUCUAUGUUAGAAUGGACUGAUACGUAUUGUCCGAAAGUGAAUUUUGUACUUAAGACAGAUGAUGAUAUGUUCAUAAAUGUUUCCAAACUACUUAGUUUUAUUGAUAGUCAUUUCAAAUAUACAAGAACAAUAUUUGGAAGAUUAGCAAAAAAGUGGAAACCUAUUCGCAAUAAGAAAUCUAAAUAUUAUGUUGCCCCUCAGCAGUAUAUGCCAGCUGUAUUUCCUGAUUUUACAACAGGACCAGCUUAUUUGAUUACCUCAGAUUUAAUACAUGAUUUAUUCACAAAAGCUCUAGAUCAAACAUAUCUUAAGUUAGAAGAUGUUUUUAUAACUGGCAUUGUUGGUCAUUCACUAGGAAUAAAAUUAGUGCAUGUAAAAGAAUUUUUAAACAAACGUGUAUCAUUUAAUCCUUGUAAUAUACAAAAGGCAAUUAGCAUACAUAUGAUCAAAUCCAGUGAACAAUUUGAUUUAUGGAAGAAGCUUUUAGAUGGGAGAUCUAAAUGUAAAUAGAAUAUUUAUAUAGUAGGUUUAUGAAAUUUUUGGAAUAGUGAGAAAUAUAUAAUUUUUCCUAUACCAUUUAGAUUUGUAAUAUUUCUAAGAAAAGAUACAUGUUUUCAAAAUCAUAUGGGCUUUUCAAAGAUCAUCGAAGUUUUAUAGAUUGUUGACAAAUUUAAUAUUAAGGCAUUUUCUCAACUAUUUAGGAACAAAGUUAUGUAUGCUGUCAGCAUAGUUCUAUCGUACUCAUAAAUGACAUUGAGGCAUUUAUUUAAUGAAAACUCAUUUCUUGUAAACAAACUCAGUGAUUAUAACUUGAUACUCGAAUUCUUUUCGUUAGUAAUAGUUUUUACAUAUUAAUCUAAAAGUAACUCCAAGAAGCGGAUGAUUUUGGAAAAACAGAAUAAUGCCAGAUAAGUCAAUACUAAGAAUGGCAAAGAACCAAUCAUAUGUAAUUAUUUUUUUCAAUUAAUCACAGUGUUGCCCAUCAAAUUAAACUGUUAAUAAUUAAGUAAUUUAAUAAUGUGAUAUAAACAUUC